UUUAUUCAAUCAUUUUAAAGCCACAUGACCUGUGCUUUCUGAAAGCCGUAGCUUUAAAGAGAAGUUGUUCCAUUCAGUGGUUUUCAUAUGCUACCAAAGCUUCCUGUUUCUGUUACAAAAUAUAAGUCUCUUACAAAUAUGGGUAAUCACGUUUUAGUUUCCCACUGAUAAGCAAAAGAGAAAGUUUGGUCAUAAAUAAGUAAUAAUUAUGUGCAAGAAAGUGAGAAAGUGCUUGUAUAAAUAUGAGCACAAACCUAAGUCUUUUAAACAGCACAUGCUUCUUUUUAGCAAUAUAGCAUGUGUACAGCUGACUAGAACAUUUAAAGGUAUCACCCAAAAAUAUCAACUCUGUCAUCAUUUACACACCCUCAUGUAUUUUUAAACCUGUAUCAUCUCCUUAAAGACACUGAUAUGUUUGCUGUGUCUGUGUAUGCAUAACAAUGUUAUGUUGUUUGAAGUGUGUCUGUGACAUAUUUUUUCAUUGCUCCCCUGAGCUCUGACUGCAUAGCUCGAGUUGUUUCUGCCCUAAAUAUAGAGCUGGCUUUUCCCUACAAUGUCAAAUGUAACUUGAUUCCAUAAGUUAAGUCACAGCACGUCAGUUGCUGGCCGACAGGCUGAGUUCCUCUCACUCUGUCCCACAUUGCCUGAUGGAGUCUGUGGAAGCACUGGGCAGGCCCAUUGGGGCCAACCUUCUGAGCUUGCCGGCAUCCUGCCCCUGGGAUGAGGAUGAGGAGUCACUGGGUCUGGAAGGAAUCAAGCCCAAAUCUUCGCCCAUACCAAGACGACGGAGUUCAGUGUCUUCUGAUGACUCCCUGCCUCCCCCUUCAAGCAGCCGAAGAGUGUCCUUUGCUGACGCCUUUGGUUUGAGUCUCGUCUCAGUGAAACAGUUUGACGCUCGGGGAGCAACAACACCAUCAGGCCCUCUGGAGAAAGACUUGAAUGAAGAUAAGGAGUAUUACAUGCUUCCUCUCUUCACUCUUCCACAGACCACAGAGGAGCUAGUCUUGCGGGUUCACGAGCAGAAGCUGGAACUGGAGAGUUUGGAGUUGCUUUCUGGGACCUCAACCCUAAGAGGAAUCGUUCGAGUGCUGAAUGUGUGUUUUAAUAAGAUGGUCUAUGUACGCACCUCUCUAGAUUCGUGGAGAAGUCAUUUUGAUCUGUUGGCAGAGUACAUACCUGGGUCAAACAAUGGUGGGAUGGACUGUUUCUCCUUCAAGCUCACACUGGUACCCCCAUUCGGAGAAGAGGGUGCGAGGGUUGACUUCUGUUUGCGAUAUGAAACAUCUUUAGGCACUUUUUGGGCAAACAACAAUGCAAAGAACUACUCUCUGUUCUGUUGUGAAAAAAUAAAGGAGAAAGCCUCAAAUGUGAGUGAAAACAGAAGAAAAAGCUGUCUGAAAAUAACCAGCCCAAAUAUCUCUGCUUCAACUGUUACAGAAACAAAUAAUGAGGAACUUCCUGAUAUAUAUCUCAAUUCUGGCCCUGGAUCUCCAAAUGAAAGCUCUGAAAAACCUGAAAAGGAAAGCAUGAAAUUAGUGGAGGAAAUAAGCAGAAACCGCAGCCGAAGGAGCAGAAGAAGGGCUGUGCGAUUAGCAAAAGUCAAGGAGCACUUUGCUAAGAGAGAAGAAGAAAUGAAACAAGGGACCAAGACCAAAGAUACAGCAGAGGUCAGCAUGCAGGAACAUGCAUCAGAGCUGGAGAAGACACCAUGCAGCCCACAAUCAACACAAACUGCUCGACCACCAACAUGCAACCAAAUAUCACCCACACCAGCUGAGUCCUUAAAAUCUGCAGAGUAUAUUGGAUAUUCCACUGACAUUUACAGCCAAGCUCUUACACAACAUAAAGAAGCCGUGAUCAACACCAAGUCUAAUUUAUCCGAAGCACACACAGAUUUACCCCUUGAAGACUGUGGUGAAUCAAUUGCAUGCUCUGCUUCUGAAGUCCUGGAAGACAUCCAACUUACUGAGGACCUAAAUGACCAGAAAGGUUCAAUCGAUCAGUCUUUUCCUGUAUGCCAAAAUCCUGACUUGUCUGUUUGCAAGAAUGUUGAAAGAGCAUGGGAGCACUUUGAGAAGGACGCUAAGCAUAGAAUUAAAAGUUUGGCAUUGAGCUCUAAGAUGGACACAAAUAUCAAUGAUGGAAAACCAGAAGAGAAUGUUAGUUUGAAAACUACUAACUCAGAGCCUCAGCUGUUUUCUCAAGGGUUCACAUUUGGGACCAUUGUAGCCCCACUUUAUCAUCAGGUUUUUAAAAACAUGGAAACAGAGAGAAAAGACUUUUUUUCGAAAACAUUACAAGUAGAUAGGUCAUUAAGGGAACUAGAGAACGAGAGUUUAACAGCGGUCACGGCCUCUGAGACCACAGACAUUUGGCCAGAGUCGUGCAAAUCUACAAAACAGACAGUACAUGAUAUUAGUGUUGGCGCCUGCAAAGAAUCAACAGAUCAGAACUCACAACUUGCAGUAAACCCAACCAAAAAUCCUCUCUCUGAGCCAAAUAUGAGUAAACAUGUUGAGAUGUUGGAAGCUUCUCACAAUGAUUAUACUGGUGUUUUCAGAGAAUACCCAACAGAUAAUACAUUUACUGAAACAAACCUUCCAGAAGUCACAUCCAGGCAGCCAGAUCCUCCUCUAGUAGAAAUUUUACCAGUGUGCACAGUAGCUUUGACUGACUAUUCAUUCCAGGAUGAUCCUGGCCACAGUCCAUAUUUAUUUCCCCUACAAGGACCAGAAAAUUUAGUCUCUUCAAAUCAAACAAUAGAGUCCGGUAUUGACAACCUACCUGAACAGAUACACCCUUCAUCACCCACAUCAGUUUUAUUAUCUUUGGAUAAUCAGAUGUCUAGUAUCAAAAUUGAAAUGAACCAGGGGGACCCUGCAAAUAUUAUAAGCAGCACUUCUUGCAGUUUUGCCCAAUCUCCUGAAGACCCCAAAAUGCUCCUGACUUCAGGGAUCGUCUUGGGUUCCUCUAAUGAUAAAUCAGAGCUUGACAGCUGUAAGCUAAGAUUGAACAUUGAAAAAUCUGAAGAACUUUCUUACUUAGCAACAGCCAUGCUAACCGAACCAUAUACAGAAUUGGGGAACACGCAGAUAAAUAUGAGCAAUACUUUGGAGAGCUGCCAAAUGAAUGAAAAAAAGGAACAAACGCUCAUCGGUUCUGCUACACAGACUUCAGAGACAGAGAGCUCAAGCAUUAUUGUGUUUGAUGGAGAACAUAACACAUUAGUGAAUAAAGAGGUGGAAGAAAUUCACAAAAUAAAAAAUGAUGAAAGCCUGGAAGAAGGAAAUGGAAACAAAAUACAAGACAAAGAGGAGAAAGAACAAGAACCAAAAGAACAAGAAGGUGCAGAAGAAAAACUUGAAGAUAAAGGAGGAAUAAAUAGCAUUGAAGAUGAGCUUAAAUACAUAGAUGAUGAAGAGGACUUGGAUGCAGUGGAAACUGAGAGAGAAAAGAAACAACAAGCAGAUGCAGAUGAUCUGCUUUCUGUUGAAAGAGAUUCUGAGGAACAGAAGCAGAUCAUUAGUACCAGCAAUGUUAAAUCAUUACCACAACAUCAUACUGACUUAAAUGAAAUAGAAAAUCUUGGUGGAGUUGAAAAACAGGACAGGCACUUCAACAGUGGAGUAGCAAUUUGUGAGGAAACGGCAUCUUGCCAAGAAUCGUCUCAAAAGAGUGAUACUGAACUCAGUGGAAGUAUGCAAGCUAUGGAGAAUGAUUGGGACCUCAUUGAAUUUAUUGAUAAAGAAGAGGAUGUGUGCUGUGGAAGUGAGAACAGUGACCGGGAAACUACUGAUAAUGUGAACAAUAUGCUGGAAAACAUGGAUUGCCAGGCAAAAGACUCAAUGAACAGAGAUCUCGAAAAUGUUGAAGACAACACCUCAACAGAGUCGCAGAUUGAUGACGAGAUGGAGCUGUACUUGAACAGUCUGAGGAAUUCACAACAGUCCGUAUUCAGAGAAGGCACAAUGAGUGGAAGCUAUGGCAAAAGACCCUCAGUGAGUAAAGGACGGCCAUUAGCUAUGCCUUCAAUCUCGGAGUCUGUCGAUGAGGACCAGACGAAUAGUUCCCUAGAAGAUUUAACAAAUAUCGAGUACAUCAAGGAGCUGGAAAGAGCUACGCUGCCCCUAGUGGAUAGGAAUGAGCAUGUCAUUGGACGUAAUGUCUUGUGGUGGAAAGAGUUUUUGUCUUAUGAUAAUAUGUCAAGAGUGAUUGGAUACACAUUUUUGUUGAUAGUGUUUUUGGUUGCAGCAUAUUAUUAUGACUUCAUUGCAUGUCUUGCCCUAUAUCUUCUUACAGUAUAUUGGCUGUUUCGACAAGGGGAGGAAGAGCCACUAAAAAACUCUCCGAAAGCUGACAGAGGAAUGCAGUAAAGAUGAUUUAUGAACAUUUUUGGAGAGUUUAGUAGAAAUGUGGAAGUGGAUCUGAAUACAUGUUCUACGAAUACAACUGUCGUAUGGCAACAUUGAUUAUGUUGUCAUAUUGAUUAUAUUGAAUAUGGAUUAUGUGGAGGUAUUUAUCGCACAUAAGAAAAACUGACUUUUGUUACAUUAUUUGCCAUUUGACAUUAUACGAGUCAGUAUAUUAUUUCCCGGCUGUAUGGACAAAUACAAAGUUCUGUCAUGAAAUUCUAGAUGGCGCAGGAUGAUAGGUACAUGAUUCAAUCUGCUUGCAAUCACAUCAUUCUCUAUAGAGCACAGCUGAUUGGUUCCUGCUCUAUCAGCUGCCAAUGAACUCUUACCUUUGAAUACUCGGUCAGCAUUUGCUGUAGCAGUUGCUACUGCGCUUUCAGAAACCCUCCACCUUCCCCAGCUCCACCUGUAUAAAUCUGCUACGGGUAAUUCAUGUACGCUAUAUUGUACAGCAGCAGCAGCAUGUCUUGUAUGUAUUUACAGUAGCAAGUCCCAUACUUGCUCAGCAGCAGCAGCAGCAGCAGCAGCAGAUCUAUUCCGCCAAGACCAAACAUAUCAACAUUAUCAUAUCCAUUACCAUGCCAAACACUCUGAGAGUUGUCAUGACAGAACAUUGUUUUUCAAAGUUGGCAUACAAUAUCACAAUGCUUUUUAUACAGAGCUGAUCAUAUAGCAAGGGAUUAUAUGGGAUUUAUAUAUGUAUAAAUGGUUGAAUUAUGUGCUAAUGGUGCCUGGUACAGUGAUAUUUAAAGGACCAGUUUUGUGAGUGAAAAGAUUAAGUUUGACAGAUAAGAUUAGUCUUGAAAAAGGAUUAUAGUGCAAUUGACUUUUAUGUGUAAGUUUAAUUUCAUAUUAAGUACCUAAUUGGAUUAUAAUUUAUAUAUACAUAUAACACAUACAAAGCAGUAAAAAAAAUUUUUUUUUUUCCUUCAGGCAAAAGGCAGUUAUUUUACAAACAUUUUCCCAUACACGGUUGUACAAGUUUAUUAGAGUUCAGAAAUUAUAUUCUUUAUGUAUCAUCUUGUUUGUUUACAGCUAUGGUUUACAGUCAUAAACUAUUUGACAGUUCACACUACCUAUUUUCUAAAAAGUCAUCAAGGGUCACUAUCCUAUUUUAUGUUUUUAGGGUCUUAUCAUCUCCAAACUGACCAGCGUUUGUUUCAUAAAUACAGGUACUGUAUGUAGACAGGUGUCUACUCACAAUGAAUAAACUAUGUAAAAUAAACAAUAACUUCCAUCAUUGCAUUAUUUUGUACUCAAAAUAGAUAACAUGCAUGGAAUAAUCUGUUUUUAUCAAUCUGUUUUUCUGUUGCGUUAUCUAUAAAUUUAUUUUGUCCAAUCAACAGAGUAUUUUUAUUGCAACUCAAUAUUGUGCACCUGUUAUUAUUUUGAAGGUGUCUUUAUCUUGUUCAUUUAUUGUUGGACAUCAUUCACGGAAAUGGCUUUCAAUGAACAAACAGAUGAACUAUGAUCUCAUCUCCAGGUUAUAUGCAAUUCGCAGAAAUAAAUCUGACCACAGAUCUCCCCAAAUAGACUGUACAUAUUUUUAGCAGUGAUUCAGUUGUUUUUGACCAUACAGUGAAAGUCACUAGGGCCCAAAACAUCGUCGAACACAACCCAUCCCAACAAUCAUUGUACAUUUUUCAAGAUAUCAGCUUUUGUGUUCCACAGAGGAAAGAAUACAUACAUGAGGUUGAGUAAAUGACGCCAUUUUCAUUUCUGGGUGAACUAUCCCUAAUGUCAUCUUUAGAACACUAUAAUUUCAAGCAUGAUUAGAUGAGUGACUGCAUAUUUAUAAGCGGAUAGCAUAAGAAAUGUUUUAGUCCCAAAUUCAUUGGGGAGGAGUCUGCACAGCUGAGCAGGGAGACUAUUAUGGGAUUAUCACUCCCUCCAAAUGGGAUGGAAGCAUAUGAUGACAUUUUCAAGAGGACACACAAUGACACUUGUAGCUUCAUCUCAGAGCUACUAAAAAUGGAAAAGUAUUUCCUCUGCGUUUUUCACGUACAAACGACAACAUUGUCAAAAUGAUUCCCGUUCACACGGAUUUGCGUCAAUGACUAAAAAUGCUGUAUUAUUCAUGCCAGGCCAGUAGGUGGCAAUGUCACUUUGUAAAGAAACACUACGUGCCAAUAGACUGAACAUGUAAUACACAUGUGCAUGACAUCACCGUUUUCACAAAUUCAAGUUUUUGUAGUUUACACAGAGACCACAACCUAAUGGAGGGAGUUAGAGCAGAUUCCAGCCUCUCCUCAACAAACAUACACAUAAGUCCAGGAGGGAGGCGGAGCAGAAGCAGAUCAGGGAGACUGGAGACUGAGGAGGAACAGAGAGCCAGGGAAGGAGCUGGCAGAGCAAGUGGCCAGGGUAGGUCCAGCAGAGCAGGUAGCCAGAGCUGAGUCGGCGGGAAUGAAGACCACCUCAGCGGAGCUGGAAACCGGCAGAACAGGCGGAGUUGAAGACCAUCACGGCGGAGCAGGAAACCACCACUGCAGAGCAAAAGACAGACCACGGUGGAGCAAGUGGAGCAGAAGACCACCACAGGGGAGCCGGAGACUACCACGGUUGAACAGGCAGAGCUGAAGACCACCAUGGCAGAGCAGAAGACCACUGGCAGCCAUGAAGGCUGAGGACUCUGGAGUGGCAGUCAUGACGGCUGAGGACUCUGGAGUGGCGGUCAUGACGGCUGAGGACUCUGGCGUGGCAAUUAUGACAUGACGUGAAGAGACUCUGGCAUGGCAGCCAUGACGGCUGAGGACUCUGGAGUGGCGGUCAUGAUGGCUGAGGACUCUGGUGUGGCGGUUAUGACAUGACGUGAAGAGUCUCUGGCAUGGUGGCCAUGACGGCUGAGGAUCUGGUGUGGUGGCAACUGAGGGAGUGCUGCGUUCCUUCACCGCAACUACCACAGUAAAUUCAGAGCCGCAAUGCUAAGUUGAUGUAGAAUUUCAGAGUCCAGUUAGGUUCAGCAGCAUAAGCGAGCUGAGCGGCUCAGAUACUUAAACACAAGACAGGGAAUCACAAGACAUUACGUGCAUGAUUUUAUAUAGUUUAUAAUAUAUUAUAAUAAUAUGUGACCCGAUCUAGCGAAAUGAG